UAAAGAGCUAAUAAAUGCUGUUGUUACACGUGCCUCCAAAGAGGCAAAGGUGUCGCCGUCUGACAUGAUUCAGCAGCGCCUCUUCACAGCUCUGUGGGCACAAGUUGAGCAAAAGCCUCUCAAAAUCACACAAAGGGGGAUUAAAAAACUUGAAAAGGUGAUUUUUAAAGACAUCACAAAGCGGCUGGACAUUAGCCCUGAUCUCGUGAUCAUUGCGCUAGCCGUAGGUCAGCCGUACCUAGAGGUGAUCAUCUCCAUAUUUGAAGAUCACCUCUUCCGUAAAAACCUACUGGCAAGGUUCUUCUCCUGGUGCGUUAGAGCCGAGGAUGACGAGGACGAACAAACUAAAGCCAUUUCUCAAACACUUUUAGAAGAAUUUAAAAGUAAUAUAUUUCCAAUAGUGGAGAAAAAAUCAUCAUCUGGCAUUACUGUCAGCGAUUAUGAUGAUGAUGAAGAAGAAUGUGUGAGCGCACUCAUUGAUGCUGUGCUCACACGGGCUGCGAAGAAUUCGCACUACAAACCUUCUAAAAAACUCCACAGGUACCUGUUAAAACACGUGUUGUCUGACAACAGGAUCAAAGAUCUUCAUAUACAUAAAAAAAAACUGAAAGAUCUCGACAGGGCCAUUUACCAAGAGCUACGUCAGAAAACAUUCUGUAAAGAAAAACAUUUACUGAUGUUACUGAACGACGAGGACCCAGUGUUGAGAAAACUGACGGUCGAUAUCAUUAAAAAUCACCUGAUCGACACUAUGCAGAAUCCAGCCCUGUGUGAAGCUGAAGAGGCUGAAAAUUACAGGUUAUCUGUGGAAACCUCUAUCAAGAAGGUGGUGACGCGUGUCAUUAACAAUGCCAGUUCACCUUGCUGUACUGAAAAAGUUGAUGCCAUCACCCAACGGCUGUUCAUAAAACUCUGGCCUAGACUUAAAAAAAUCAAAAUCGACAAUGUGAUAUUCCUCAGUGAUAUGGUUUACAGCUCUUUAAUAGAGAAAUGGAAAGAGCCAGAUGUCAUACUGACAUUCAUGGAAUUAGGCCACAAACAUACAGAUGAUGUAAUUGUAAAGGUUUUCAAGGAGCAUGCCAUCACUGUAUUGGAAAGUGAACAUUUCAUCG